UAGUCCUAGAGCUGAGCGGAGUAGGUCACCGUUGCCGUUGCUGGCAGCCCACUUAAUGCGGCGCCCGUAGUCCCGAAACCUCUCUCCCCUUCCCUUCUUCCUCCUUGACGCCACCCCUCGCCCUCCACCACCUCGGCCACCACUUUCCCCUCAAAUCUCACCUCCUCCGCCACGCACUUCUCCCACCAGCACGCAAAUCCGCCCCCAGAUCGGUGCCGGGAGAGCCGUUUGAUGGGCGAUCUGUGAGCCGCGACGAAACGCAGGCUACUACAGCUCGCACCAUGAGAGGAGGCCCGAGAUGCGCGCUCCUGCUCCUCGUGGCCGCCGCGGCGCUUGUCCCCGCGGCGCGGGCGCAGGGGGCGACCGCGCCCGCGCCCUCGGCGGGGGCCCCGUUCGUGCCGCGGGACGACAUCCUGCUCGACUGCGGCGCCACGGGGAAGGGGAACGACACGGACGGCCGCCAGUGGGACGGCGACGCCGGGUCCAAGUACGCGCCGCCCAACCUCGCCUCGGCCAGCGCCGGGGCGCAGGACCCCUCCGUGCCGCAGGUGCCCUACCUCACCGCGCGGGUCUCGGCGGCGCCCUUCACCUACUCCUUCCCGCUCGGCCCCGGCCGCAAGUUCCUCAGGCUGCACUUCUACCCGGCCAACUACUCCAACCGCGACGCCGCCGACGCCUUCUUCUCCGUCUCCGUCCCGGCCGCCAAGGUCACGCUCCUCUCCAACUUCAGCGCCUACCAGACCACCACGGCGCUCAACUUCGCCUACAUCGUGCGCGAGUUCUCCGUCAACGUCACCGGCCAGAACCUCGACCUCGCCUUCACCCCGGAGAAGGGCCACCCCAGCGCCUACGCCUUCAUCAACGGCAUCGAGGUCGUCUCCUCCCCUGACCUCUUUGGCAUCGCCACGCCGCAAUUCGUCACCGGUGAUGGCAACAGCCAGCCAUACGAGAUGGAUCCUGCUGCUGCUCUGCAGACCAUGUAUCGGCUCAACGUCGGAGGCCAGGCCAUCUCCCCUUCCAAGGACUCCGGCGGGGCUCGGUCAUGGGACGACGACACGCCUUACAUCUAUGGUGCAGGGGCUGGGGUAUCGUACCAGAACGAUCCCAAUGUCACAAUCAUCUACCCUGACAAUGUGCCGGGAUAUGUGGCACCUUCGGAUGUCUACGCCACCGCGCGAUCAAUGGGGCCAGACAAGGGUGUAAACAUGGCCUACAAUCUCACCUGGAUAUUGCAGGUGGAUGCUGGGUACCAAUACCUUGUGAGGCUCCAUUUCUGUGAGAUACAAUCCCCAUUUACUAAACCCAAUCAGCGGGUGUUCAACAUCUACCUCAACAACCAGACUGCCAUUGAAGGUGCUGAUGUGAUCCAGUGGGCGGAUCCCAAUGGUAUUGGUACCCCAGUGUACAAGGACUAUGUGGUGAGCACUGUGGGUUCUGGGAUUUUGGAUUUCUGGGUGGCUCUACACCCAGAUGCAGAGACGAAGCCACAGUACUAUGAUGCUAUUCUCAAUGGGAUGGAGGUGUUCAAGCUGCAACUUACUAAUGGGAGCCUCGUGGGGCUCAAUCCUGUCCCAAGUGCUGAUCCACCAGCGCAUAGCGGGUCAGGAGACAAGAAAUCUAAAGUCGCGCCUAUUGUUGGUGGAGUAAUUGGAGGUUUGGCAGUGCUUGCGCUUGGAUAUUGCUGCUUCAUCUGCAAGCGUCGGAGGAAAGCGGCCAAGGCUAGCGGCAUGAGUGACGGCCAUUCUGGUUGGCUGCCAUUGUCGCUGUAUGGCCAUUCACACACUUCAAGCUCAGCCAAGUCGCAUGCUACAGGGAGUUAUGCUUCAUCUUUGCCGUCCAACCUGUGCCGCCAUUUCUCCUUUGCAGAGAUCAAGGCCGCAACCAAAAACUUUGAUGAGUCACGGAUCCUUGGCGUUGGUGGGUUCGGUAAAGUCUACCAUGGAGAGAUUGACGGGGGCACAACUAAGGUGGCUAUCAAGCGUGGCAAUCCCUUGUCUGAGCAGGGCAUACAUGAGUUCCAGACUGAAAUUGAAAUGUUGUCAAAGCUCCGGCACCGUCAUCUUGUGUCGCUGAUUGGUUACUGCGAGGAGAAGAACGAGAUGAUCCUGGUCUAUGACUACAUGGCUCAUGGAACUCUGCGUGAGCACCUAUACAAGACCCAGAAUGCACCGCUUAGCUGGAGGCAGCGUUUGGAGAUCUGCAUCGGUGCAGCUCGUGGGCUUCACUACCUUCACACCGGUGCAAAGCACACCAUUAUCCACCGUGAUGUGAAGACGACAAACAUCCUCCUGGAUGAGAAAUGGGUUGCCAAGGUUUCAGAUUUUGGUCUGUCCAAGACUGGGCCAUCGAUGGAUCACACACAUGUGAGCACAGUUGUCAAGGGCAGUUUUGGUUAUCUAGAUCCUGAAUAUUUCCGCAGGCAGCAGCUCACUGAGAAAUCUGAUGUGUAUUCGUUUGGCGUGGUGCUGUUCGAGGUCCUUUGUGCUCGGCCUGCCUUGAACCCCACUCUUGCAAAGGAAGAAGUUAGCUUGGCAGAGUGGGCACUGCACUGCCAAAAGAAGGGAAUUCUUGAUCAGAUUGUUGAUCCCUACCUGAAGGGAAAGAUUGUUCCGCAGUGCUUCAAGAAGUUUGCCGAGACGGCUGAGAAGUGUGUUGCCGACAAUGGCAUCGAGCGCCCUUCGAUGGGAGAUGUGCUUUGGAACUUGGAGUUUGCUCUUCAGAUGCAGGAAAGCGCGGAGGAGAGUGGAAGCAUUGGGUGCGGGAUGUCAGAUGAGGGCACUCCCCUCGUGAUGGUUGGAAAGAAGGAUGCCAAUGACCCAUCAAUUGAUUCCAGCACCACUACGACCACAACAACUUCCCUAAGCAUGGGUGACCAAAGUGUCGCGAGCAUCGAUUCGGAUGGGCUGACGCCGAGCGCGGUGUUCUCACAGAUCAUGAACCCCAAGGGGCGGUGAGGUAAAAAUCUGGGUCUGCUUUUCAGUCAGUCACCGUUGGGGCCUGCCUAAUUUAUUCAUUCAGCAUAUUUUCAUGAGUUUGUGCUCUUGCUGUCUCGCAAGUUAUGCAUUAGAAGUCAGAGAAUUGUUCCAUAUUAGAUAUUUCUGUCUUGCCUUGUUUUUUUUACUUCUUCUUCCUCUUCUUCAGUGUUGUAAUGACUCUAUGCUUAUUUGCAUGUUGUUAUUGUACCACCACUGCUAUGUGUUAUUGACCCAACAUGUAAUACUGUAUGAGAAA